AUUUUGUCAUGUACUAUUUUUAACCCUUGGAUUAUUUAUUUUUUCAAGAGAGGUUCAAUAAAUUUACCAAAAAUAAAUCCACAGUUUGAAAUAUUAUUGGUGAAAUGUGAAAUGGUCACAUAUCUGGAACUAUUUAGAACAUUUUGCUAAUUUCAGAACAUUUUUGGUCGAUUUAAAAAGAUUUUUUAAAAAUCAAUCUAAUCCCUGCAGUCCCAGGGUUUGAACAGGCGUCGAUAAAGGCAUGAUUGUGUACUUGAAGUGCGCAGAACAGCUGGCUUUGUGUGUGGAGUGGACUCCUCCCGUUGUGUGAUGAAGUUCAGAUGCGCGCCGUUGUUCCGUACGCGCGUCACCAGCGCACAGAGGAGCUUCCCGACGCGAGGGGAGGAUGGAGAGCUGUGUGGAUCACGACCAUGGGAGGCUGUGAAUCUCACUUUAGCCCUCGCUAAUUGACGUGCUUCUACUUUUACGGGAUAUGUUUCUAUCUUUUGUAUGAGCAGUAACCCUGCUGCUCUGGAUUCAGAGAUCCAGCACCGCCUUUCGCGUGUUUCUCACAGCUGAAAAGCUUCCUGGGCUUCGUGGACUGUGAAACGUCGGCUCGGUUCAUCGCGGUUAUGUUUUAGUAUACUCGGACAAAGCUGUGUGGGGGUAUUUUUUUCUAUCCAGGAAAUGUUGGCAUGGCCACCUCGAGAGUACAGAAGUGUCCGAAGAGUGAGAAGUUGGACGAGGCGCAGGCUUUGGCCAAGAGCUGCGCGGGGAGACCAGACUUCCUGCCUUGUGAUGGACUCUCCAUCUGCGCGACGCACAGCCACGGGAAGUGCUUCAAGCUGCACUGGUGCUGCCACUUGGGCUGGUGUCACUGUAAGUUUGUUUUACGUGGUUUAGAACCCUUUAGAUGGUCCGGAAUGUAUCUAAAACCCACUAUGAUUCCCUAAUAAUCUGAUAGUUUGGUCUGUUAUGUGAUUUCAGAUACCAGUUCUGAGUCUGUUCGUCGACUAAAAUGGAGAAAUCCAACAGACAUUUACUGAGUGUUUAUAAAAUCCUCCUAAAGACGACAUAUUUUGAGAUGUUGUGGUCAGACUGACACUCACAGGAAACAUUUACAGCCAUAUUGGUGCUGUUUCAGGUCUGGGGAAACUUCCAAACAGAUUUUAGCCUCGUUUGUAUUCAUGGCGAUAAUUUUGAGGUCAAACUCAGAGACUCAUCCUCGAUCAGAGUCAAACCUUCAAACAGACGCCCUGAAUGAAUAGUUAAUGCAGGCGAGUCUAAACAAUGGAGGCUGCAAAAUUCACACGCAGGGUUGGAUGAUUCAGGGCCAUGGUGUCACUGUUGCUGUUCAUCUGAGCAACACAAACUGACAGUAAACAGAAACAGUGAGGCCCAUUAACAUUUAGACCCACAACUAAUCCCCUGUACAGUCCCCCUACACCUUUAUGCAUGAAUGUGUAGCUGUCUAACCUAAAAAUGUGUGUAUUUGAAAGUGCAGAUUUUUGGAGUUUAGCACAACCUAGAACAGCUAGAAUAAUUUAAACCAAGUAAAUAUGUGGAUGGUUGCGCAUGCAAGUCUGAAAUGCUGUCCUUGUAAAUAUAAGUCCAUACUGUUGUAAGAUGAUGUUAACUUAAAGAAUAGAAAAAACUCCAAAGCCAAAGAGGGUCACAAAUGUGAUUAAUCCACCACCAACUGUGCUUUACUUCACAGUUUUGAGGGGGUGUUUAAAGGCCGGAAGACGUCACACACACUUGGGUCAUCACUUUCAUUUCUGCUUUUACACAGUCUGGUGAAAUAAUGAUUUUCUCAUAGUCAACAAAUUCCAUUAAAAGACCAAAUCCGGUGAGACAUUUUAUCUGUGUCAUGGGCUUUUGAGUCACAGUUAUAAGAUAAUGACAAACAUGAGUCCUGUAAUAGUCCCUGAAACUGUUGUUUAUUCAUGCUUGACCAGUGUUUGUUGAAAAUCAGGUGUAAUAGGACUUUACUGACCCCCUUUUCACAGUCAAACUUCAUAUUUUGGAUCUAAUUAUAAAAGUCCACUCCUGCAGUGAGGGAUGACCAUUGAGCUGAAGGUUACAGAUAGUGCAGGGAUAAGGGAAAGUAUACCAGGAGAUGAACUAUCCCAGUAUUGAUCUUGAUGGGAUCUGGUGACAUUCAGUAAAUCUGUAGAAAAUUGUUAGUUCUGCAUUUUAAAGAAGGACAUCUGGUCAUAAAAUCAUGUUGUUUUUAAACUAAGUAAAAACAGUAUGACCUUAACAAAGCCAGCAUCAUCCUUGCAGACUGUUAAAUUGGCUCUAUUGACCGUGAAGCUUUUCCACUCAAUCACAAAUAAUUCUCUCCUCGUCACUGGUGUGCACCUCAGACAUUUCCUCCUCCGUUUGAAACUCUCUGAAACUGACACCUGGACACCACCCAGCACUGAAUAACAAUAGCUGCGCCUGAACCUGACAGGAUGUCCGGCACUUUGUGCUGCCCUAACUUAUCCUGGAAAUCCUCUGCUCAGUGUAAAACACCAUCAACCACCUCCGCUGCAACAUUAACUCUCUGCUUAUAGUGUGCAACUGGAGAAGUCACAUUGUAAUCUUUGCCGUGUAAUCACUGGAUUUAGAUUCCUGCUGCGGUCCACAGUGAGCCAAGUGAUUUGAAAUAUCUGAUGUGGCAGAAAAGCCAUGAAUUCUUUCCAGUGUUUAUGAUGAGCAACAUGCUGGAUUUAUGUCUCUGAGAAAAGCCUGCUCAGUCUUAGAUCAGUUUUUUACUCUGAAAUAUUCACCAAUCUACCCAAAAAGUGCUGCAAAAUAGACUCAGAACUCAUGCCUCCCCUUUGUUUGACACAGACUUGUUGUGGUAGAGAGGAAAAACCUUCAUAAUGAGGUUUCUCACCUUCACAUCUCCUUCCAUCAUAACUCACAGUUUCCCCUCACAGGACAGCCGUGCACCACAAGAAUAAACCCACUUAGACUGCUGAAUCAGGCUGAACCUGGGCACCCAGCGAGGAAAGUAUUACAGGGUGCGUCUGCAUGCACUCCCUGCCUGCUCUACUCAGCUCACACCCUUCUUUCCAGCAAUAACACGAGAAUGCUGGGUACAAAAAUGUUGUUACACCCCCUUAUCUCUUUUCAUUUUUGAACAUGCCUUCAACUGUCGCCUGGAGUUUAGACUUGUUCUGAAGCUGAUAAUUGUGCAUUUACCACAGGGAGCCCCGCUAGACUGCCUGUUUUAAUUACAUCUUUAAUAGGUUUCCAGGCACACAAAUACAAAAGGUUAAUGUGUAGUAAGAGCAGGCUCAGCACUUAAAUUUCCCAAACACAAGUUAUUUCCAUUAUCUUUCCUGUGGAGCAGUAUUGAAGGAAUACCCUUGACUUCCUUCCUUGCUGCUCCUGCUUCCUGAGGACCUUUCCAAACCAAACAUCUUCAGGUUUUCUUCCUUGGCUGAAGAAACUCCUGUUGUUUCUUUAAAGGCCUCCCAUGAGGAUGUAGUUCUGUUGAAGCGUUGGGAUGAUAAAGUGGUGGAAACUGGAAUUGUACGUAGGUGGAUGCAGUGUUCCCAGCUGGUGACAACAUCAGUCCAAGCCUCUCAUUAGAGGUAAUUAGCUGUAUUUAGUGUCACCGCCAAUAUGUCAUGUCUGAUGAGAGCUUUUGCUUGCAGCAACACUAGAACCACCUGGUUGGACGAUUUUCCUCCCUUCUUAUGCUCUUCGUACUGAUUACAAUUACCAGGCCGCACAGUGAAUCACUCAUUUACAAAGUCUAACGCAGUCUAAUUAGCCUGGAACAGACUUGUACUCACUUCUUAUACUUCUUUUGUUAAAAAGGAAAGCAGGGUCUCUUUGUCAGAUUUCAUCUCAUCCCCCACGCCACACAGCUGUAGCGUGCGACUAUCUCUUAAGGGAAAUAUGAAGCCUUAUUGGAUGAAGCUCCACACCACCAUGAUUGAUAUGGGGCCCAGCUCAAAACUGACAGCAGUGCUGAAUCAUGAAAAGUUUCACCUUUUAUUAAAAGAUCAAUACUUUUGUCAGCAGUGGCCUGUGGGAAUGUUUUUUGAUUGAUCCUUUGUGUUUGGGGGCCACAGAGCUUCAAUCACUUUAACUGCAGGACUCUCAGUGAUGGAAAAGUGCAGCACCGAACCAAAGUCUAACAAAUAUUUACUAUAUUUUAAAGAAUUGAAGUUCUUCUGAUAGCUUUGCAGUUUGAAUGUGAUUUAUAGAGCAAAAGAGUCUUUACUAACUUCAGAUAGGAGACUUUGAAAACCUGAUUUCAGCCUCUGUUUAGCUAUUGUGUCUUUAAGGCUCCCCUCAACACUCCAGAGGAUUCCUUCACUGUUGCCACUGUUGUUGCCAUGCUACAAAGUUAAGCUUCUGUAUUUAAAAUCCAUGUUUUGUAUCCAAAAUCUGACCCAUUAAGUUUGGGAAGGGACUAAAUACAUCCCCAACAACAUUAAACAGAGCAACAUGUUUCUUCUUCUUUUUAAUUGUGAUCUUUCAAGGAUGUUAUAAUUUGAGCAAAUCUUAGCGUGGCUGUUACGUAAUUCUCAUGUGACUUUUUGAACAUGCCAUUCACAGCUUUCCUACCUUAUCCUCCUGAGAUUAAGUAUUAACAUCCAACAUUUUAACCUAAUAUGUUUGUAAAUGUAGAAAAAUCAUAACACCAGCUCUCUGAAGUCUGUCCAACCUCAUUCUCUGCGACUGUUUCUACCCCCUAAGUGCACCUCAGCAGGAGACACUAUCAGGGAAUAAACAGAGAAAAUUAUGUAUUACAAGAGUGUGACUUAGUAAAAAAAGAAGAAAAUCUGGCUGCUGCAGCCUCAUGUUUGCUUAACCUAAAUACAGAACCCAUUUGCAUGAAAGAGGGUAAAGCAUCCAGAUAAAACUGGUGAAGUGGUUCUUGUUGUAUAUUUGUUGUUUUCUUCAUUUUGCUACACUUCUGCUUUUUCUCUACACUGACAGGUUAGAGCCUGAUUUAUACUUGAAUCCAAGCAGAAUAUUUGCUGUAACUUAUAUACAGUAUGUAACCCACAGUGUAGUGACUAUGCUGAAUUUUAGUCACUGUCUGGGUGCGGGAGUGAGGUGUUUUUGACGCGCUUCCAGUACAAUCCAUUGUCCAGUCCAAUGUUGUUGUUGUGUUAUAUUUUUGCCAUUUAUUGAUUAAAUGAAAAACAAACAAAAAAAGACAUAUAUGUACGAUAUAUACGACAAUGGUGAUGUACGUGAUGAGGGUGAGAAUUGUGUCGGAGAUUGGCGGUAAAAACUGUGUCCCUUUUGUAGCAUUUACCCGCCCAUUCACCUGAAGUGCCUCUUGUGGUGAUUGUGCGAGUAACAAAACAAAAUCUCAAAAAUAAUACAGAUAAAAUGGCUCAUACACACAGCACGUGGAGCAUUUGUGCCAUACAGUCCGCAACAUGUACAUUGGUUUUCAAGGCUUCUUGUUGAAUUUCACACAAAUGUGCAGUUUCACUUUCGCUGGAGAAAAAUAAACAUGAAAUAAUUGCAGAUUGAGUUACAAUCAGUUUGAGCUUCAAAUGGAAGUCAACAGGCCAUAGUAGCAACUUACUGGCCCACAUUACCUGGGUCCUCUGCGGUAAGGGUUCAGAUGAAAUGCAGUAUUGUGAAUCAGGCUGAAGAGGUUUUACUGCUGGAGUAAUGCUUUUAAGACAGCUCUCAGCCUCAUCUUUGCCAAUGAUCUCUCCAAACAUGGGGCUGAAUACAAAUGCUCCUCCUCGCAUAGUUUGGUGGACAACAUCUGGCCAUGCUGCUACUGCAUGAAGAAAUGUGAACAAGGCCUUUUCCUGAGUGGAAGACCUCAAAACAAUCAGUCCUGACACAGUAUUACAUUUUCUCCCUGUGGUGACAGACUUAACAGUGGAUUUAAAACUGGCUGCAGGUCAAAAACAGCCUUUCCCUCUGGAGCCGCUCAACAGGAAACAGGAAGGGAGUUUCACAUGGUGUCAGGACAGGCUGUCUCCGGCGCUGAAACCUGAAACUUAUGUUGUCCCCUUGUCCCACCACCCCUUUGUUGGCCGGAUUUGAGCACAAAGAACAGCGGGUGCCUGCGCGGGCUGAAUCCAAUACUACAGCUGCUGUGAUAAAUGAGAAUAAUCUGCUGAAGUAAUUGUUUUUCUUGACAGAGUUUGACUCAAAAUGCUGCCUUGAACUGGUGAGCAGCAUUAAAAGCAGAUCCACUCAGUCUGCGCAUAAAGACUGCUGGCUUUGGCUCUAACAUAAAAAAAUCAAGCUGAGGGGGCUGUUAAUGACUCAGUCUCUGCUGAGGCUUUGAUAUAAGCCGAUAUUAAAAUGACACAAUCUGUGAGAGACACUCGUGCUCAUUCAUCUACAUGUGGAGUUUGUCUGCAAUAAACCUCAGCCUCUUUAGUGUUUCCCUUUGAGCUGCAGUCUGCAGAGUGACAGAAGAGCUGGAGUCUGAAGAAGUGAUGUUCAAUCUGUGCGAGAGAGAGUGAGAGACUGAAGGGCUGCAUUAUUCAGAGAGACUAUCUCCUGUGCUAAAGGAGAGUGUGCAGCCAUCAACCAGCCACAGGCCCACUGAUAGAGAGAGAGAGAGAGAGAGACAGGUGUGAGUGGAGUGGUUGGAGCUCCUCAUACCUUCUCUGUUAAACGUCCUGCUCUUGUGACUUCUCCAAGAAGAGCUGUCUGUUCUCCUCUGUCCAAUUAACCUUUUGAACUUCUGAUUUCCUCUAUAAAUACAUUUCUUCAGCAUCCUCUGGUGAUUAUUUGACAGACUUAAUCUCUUGGUCUAACGCUGUACUGAAGCUAAUUAAUUUCGACAAUGAUUACAAUAAUUAAUCCCGAAUUUUAAUGUCUUAUUUUGUAAUGAUGUUGUUAUAUACGGCUGUAUCUGGACCCAUAAUUUUUUGUAUUUAGACUGAAAAAAAUCCAAAAGGAGGACGAGUCACCACCGUGGCGUUUAAACUGAAGCUAUCCUGAAUCCACACUACAAUUUUUUUCUAAUGAGGAGCUUUUCCUUCCUCUUUUGAUGUACCCAGCAGCCUCAUUUACAUCCCUUUAGUUCUCCAUCCUCCAGAACGCCCGUCAUCAGCUUCCAAUGAUCUUUUCUGUGGUGUUUAAUUGUAACUUGAUGAAAGCUUUACCAGUUAAGGAGGAAAGAAGUCAGGAGUCAUUCCCCUCCGUUCUCACAGUGCAACAUGCCCUGUAGCUGCGUAUCAUCCUGGUCCAUUGAGGCUGCUGUCAGUGGAAACUUUGAGCCUGUAUUUUCUCUGCAGUUCAUUUUUUCUCGCUGUAGUUGUAGGUGUAAAGUGGUGGGUCUGCAGAGAAGCUCCUAUUUUUGAUUCUGAAGCACUGACUCAAAUCUGUUACGUCUCCUGCUCCUGCUUCUUUUCUGCUGUCAAUCUUCAUUAAAGCGGGACUGGGGAGGUCUCGUGACAUCGUGUUGUCUCAGUUUGGCCGGCUUUCUUUUGGGAGAAAAAAAAUACAGGAAACAUGAGAAUGUCAGAUACAACGCCAGAAGCUGUUUUGUGCUAUUUCUGGUUAGAUUUGCUCUUUAACCUCGGCUAAUAAAAGAAAAGUUUUGAAGGCUUUUCAUUUUGUACUCAAAAAUCUAACAAACAGCAGUUUUUACAGUUUUUUUUCUCCAUUUAUUGCUGAGCUGUGUUUUAAUUAAUCAAGAUUUGUUCCAAACACAUGAAUAUUUAUACGUUUUAGUGUUUAUCUACAGUAAAUUUGCACAUUUCCACAAAUAAUAUUUCAUUUUAUAGCUAUUGAACUACAUAUUUUGUGUCCCUUUUUUUAAAAUAAUGUACAUCUUUAUUAUAAAAUGAUGAUAAAUUACAUAAAGUCCCAGUGAUUAACACUUACAUUAUGUCUCAUGUUAUGUUGGUCUUUUGAUAGCAUUUAGUUGCAGCCUCAUCCUUUUAAGAGAUUACUUAUAUCCUAACCCUACACUAAAAAGUUAGGGCUUGGAAAUUCUUCUCAGUAUUGAUGUUUAUUUCAUUUCUUUGGGAGGAUUUCUGGUCCUUCUCAGUAUGGAAAUAUAAAAACAUGAACACACAGGAGAGUCAGAGGGUGCAUAGGCAGCUUAACAAUUGACAUUGUCAUGCAAGGGCUCAGUGCAGGGAGGCAGCAGCAUACAGCUGAAUAUCAAUAAAGCAGCAAAGACAGUGUUCACAGGCUGUCAGCUAGUGUUUGUAUUUCUCUUAGAGAACAGUCUAAACAGUAAAGGGACACAAGAAUCUCAACUCUAUAUCAGCUCAUCUGUAAAGCAUUGUUUGGGUUUUCGUCUUGAUCAUUGAGUUUACUUAUGUUGAAGUUUGUUGCCUAGGUUGUAAUUCUGCAGCCAACAUUUUCUGUGAAGUUUCAAAUUGAAGCUUUUUUGUAGACAAGCUGAUUUCUAUAAGCGUGUCUUCUUAUGGCCUGUCAACAAUGCUGACAGGAUGCCAAUACACUGUGAAAUAUCUUGCAUUUAGGGCUGCACGAUUUUGGCCAAAAAUAUUUUUUUGGGGUGAAAACUGAUUUCGAUUUUUUAUUCAGUGACAACUUCAAACUUAACUUUAAUAAGUUUUUCAAUCAUCUCUCAAAACAAAACCACUGAAAACGAUGUAGUGCAUAUGCCAAGCCAGUAAGUGGUGCUAACGCUGCUGAGGAAAUGCACAAAAUAUAGAAGAAAAGUACAUAGCAUGCGUAUAAAGGUUGUUUUGGCUGGACACGCACAGCCGCCAUAAAAGACUCAUGCUGUGUGUCACAUAAUCAUUUUGGGAGAUGCAAAUAGGAAGGGUUGAUACCGCCUUCAUACAGACUUUGCAGCAGGAAGUGGUUUGCUCUUCGUCCGAAACAGUGAAGUUGUACCAAUUCCACACGACUGACUUGCUCUUGCCCCUUUUAGCCAUGAAAUUAUCGCCUUCUUUUGCAAACGCCAUGUUUGUUUACCAUCUUUUAUCUUUUUUCUUUUAUCGCUGUCUUUUAUCUCUCAUCUCUUAUCUCUUUUACCUCUAUCUUACCUUGGCUUUACUGUCUUUUUAGCUUUUGUUAAACUUGUACUCUUUUCUUAAUUGACCUUUUAGGCCUUUUAUUGUUUUAUCUCUCGCUCAUUUCUGUUGCUCUAUUUUAUCAUUACUUUUAUUAUCAGGAUUACCUGUUACUAUUUUAUUAUCAUUGUUGAUAUUGCCUUUUAUAUUUACUAUCUUCUUUCCGCUUUCGCCCCCCCUUUUAAUUGCAUUUUCCUUUUUUCUUAACUAUUUUAUGUUUUAAUUUUGGUCCUCAUGGUCUCAUUAUAUGUUGCAUGGUUCUUGUAUUGUCUGGGUUCCUUAUGACAUGAAAAUGGCCUUCAAUUCCUGUUUUAACUGAGCUUUUUAGUUUUUAUUUGUCUUUUUCCACGUGCUCUAUGACUACAUGUCACAGCACUUUGUAAACAUCUGUUUUUUAAAAGUGCUAUACAAAUAAAGUUAUUAUUAUUAUUAUUAUUAUUAUUAGUAGUAGUAGUAGUAGUAGUAGUAGUAAUAGUAGUAGUAGUAGUAGUAUUAGUAUUAUUAUUGUUUACACUGGUGUGUGUGGGAACUGGGGAGCCAAUGGUGGCCUGGAGGCACAAGACAUAAUAGAAAUGAAAAUUGAUUUGACAAAUAAGAUUUUUUUUAACAUCAUAUAAUCCAAUUAUGAUUUAAAUUCGAUUAAUCCUGCAGCCCUACUUGCAUUAUUAACAUCCAUAAGCUAGCAAAUUUCCUACUGUUGAUACAUUCACCAAAAUACAAAUAAAAAAAAUACGAAGACUCCACCUCAUCUAUUUUGAAAACAGCCAUACUUACAGUUUUCAUUACCUGUUCAUGUCUUUUGGGAUCACUUCUGUGUGAUUCUUCCUAUUUUUUUCACUGAACUGUGAGACUGCAAGAUCAGGUGUAUUUAAGAUGUUGUGGUGAGAUUAUUCUCACACAAAACAUGCUCUCCUCAGAGAACCUUCUGCAGACUGUAAAUCCAGUCUCAGCUCGGGCUCAGGGUGUGAGUCUGUUCAGGACUACCAGUGUUGGUGAAGUGUUAGCUCCGUAUGUCACUCUGUUUUGUUGUCUGCAUAUGCAUCUGCCUGUCCCUCAGUAUUGCUCUUGGUAUUUCAAACCCCAGAUGGAUGCAUGCAAUUAGAUGUAAUAUGCUACAAACGAAAUGUCAACACACUGCCUGCUUCAGCUUUAGCUCUCAUUUGUUGCUGCUAUCUUGUCUGCCUGAAUGAGCCCGUCUCAGUGUGAACAUGGACCAUUAAACUCUUCUCAUUAAAGUAAGGAUGGCUUCUAUUUCUCCUAUUUGUCUGUAGCCACUUCAGCUCAUGUGUUAGAAAGCACAAGGAUGUACAGCCUCAGCCGCUGUGGCUUUUCACAGCGUUAUAUGAGUGCAUGAUGCAGGCUUUGUGUCCUGUGAUAAAGAGGUAGUGGUUUGAAUACACGUGCACAGAAAAGGAAAUACAACAGAGCUGCUCAGCUGAUUUAGAAAAACUCAAAUCACUAAAUAUCCUUUGUGCGGUGCAGAAAUGUCUCAUCAGCAUCACAAGCUCUCCUUGCCCAUUCAGCAGUAAAAACAAAGCCUCUCUGAGGUAGUUUGAUGUUGUCAAUGCAACCUGGGGAAGGAUUUUUGAUUGAAUGGCUCCCCCAGCCAGUGAAACAAAAGACAAGGACACAGAGUGAAGGGAAGUGAUGCGUAGGCCUGUCAUCUUCUGUAGCUUCUCUCUCUCCAGGGAGCCAGUUAAACACACAGCCGAGCAACACUAUUCAGGCAGCACGGCUCAGAGUUGGAGGCAGUGGGCUGCAAACAAUGAGUAACAUUUGGGUGCAGUCAUUUUGCACAAUCACAACCAGUACAUGAAAUGCCAAAAUGGGAGGCAUAACUUACUCUGGAGGUGGAGAAUAUUUGUGUAUGAUUGAGGCCACUUAUCAGAAAAUGGACGGCCUUUAUCUCAGAGAGGAUUUAUGUGGUAUUAUACAGUUUAUUACAGUAAUGCUCAAGUAAUGCAAUGUGUUGCAGUUUUAAAUCAGCAUCACAUCAUAAUCCCAGAGCUGUAAAUGUUGUUUUAUGGCCGUCAUCCUGCUUCUUUUUCAUCACUUUUGAAUUAAGUCUUGCAUCAGUUUCUUCUUCGCUCUGCAUGGCCUGAAAUACAAACUGUGUUACACUCUGGCUGCAGCUCAGCCUGAAAUGGUGGAAGGGCAGGUAUUUUUGCCUUUGGCAGCACAAAUGCUUUGUAGUGUGAAAAUUGCAGCAGCCUCCAACACAGGAGAGAUGAUAGGUUAUCACAGACACACUUCUCUCGCUCGCUCCAAUUCACGCUCACCAGCAUUUUCACGAAUCGGUGGUAGAAACCACUGAGAAACACUAAUAAUAUCACCACUCUACAACUGUGCUGGCUGCAAUAACUCAUGAUCAUCCGAGAGGGACCAUUUGUUUUCUGAACAAACUGUUCACAUUUAACUGAUUCAGGUUUGCGCUCUCCUCAAAGUCACUUCAACUUCAUGAGGUUUGUUCUUAUUUGGAUAUGUAAGGACUGCAAGCUGUGAAGAGUACUUCCUUGAGUUAGUUUAUCUUUAAUGAUUUAUGAUUAUCAAAGGACUUGUGCAUGCUGCUUUUUAGAUUCUGGUCAAAUUUUGAGUCUGAAUUUACAGUUUUUUGUUAUUUUUUCUGGCUGCUUAGUCUCUGGAAACAAGCAUUGAGAGCAACACUGACAUAUCACCCUUUUAGCUGACAUGUUGAGCAUUUCUGAAAAUAGUCACAUGUGAAAAUAUCAAGCUGAUACACAGCCACAAUUUGUACUUUUUUGAUGGAGCAUGUGUCUGCCAAACAGGUGCAUAUGAAGUCCAAUGUAGUUUCAUUUUGCUCAGUAACACCUCCAGAAAUAUCUGUAUUCUUGGCUGCUGAACCCAUCAAUUAAUCAAUCUUUAAUUAAUCAAUACAAGGUGCUUAAAAAGCUAGUCUAGACCAGACCCUUUUUUAUAAAGACUCAAUGUAAAGAUGGGAUCAGACUGAGCUCUGUCCUGUUAGAUCAGACCAACUCCCAUCCACCUUCAGCCACAUGAGUGAAACUCUUUACAGCAUUUAGAGAGUUAGACUGGAGAGGAAGAACUUACUUUAACAGGCAGAAACCUUGAACAGGACCAGAUUGAUGUUGGACAGUCAUCUGCUGAGACUGAGCUGGGUUUAGAGAGGACAGAGAGAGAGAUGGAGAAAGAGAGAGAUGGACAGAGGAGAGAUUGAUGCUCAUUGUUGGAGCAGCUGGAAAGCAGACAGGUCAAACCUCAGCAGCGAUCGAGAGGCACGGGUGUCAUGAUGGAGGUCAGGGACCCCCAGUAAAGACUGCGUAUCAGUGACUGUAAUGGCACAUGAUGUUGUUUACAGUUAAUAACACAGUAGGAACGAGGUUGGAGAAGGAGGGAAGGGUGCUCCAUGUGUCAGCCCCCCCAGCAGUUUAAAUCAGCUCUCAUUCGUCAGCUGGUUUUCAGAUUUAUCAGUCUGUGCCUUGAGUUCAUCUCUAAAGUCUAAUUUCUGUAUUUCUUUCUCUUCUUUUUUCAUUUUAGGCAAGUAUGUGUACCAGCCCAUGACCAAUGUGUGCCAGCUGCCCAGCACAACCGUGCCGUCUGUCGACACAGAGUACAGCAACACCAUGGACCUGUCUGUAUCUCUGGCUGAGCGCUUCCUGAAGCUCGCUCCCUGUUUCCAGUCACCCCCUCACCUGGAGUCGCCCAAGUACUGCGUCAUCGCUGACCUGUUUGUAGACGACUACAUUGUCAAGCGUAUCAACGGGAAGAUGUGUUACGUGCAGCGCCCCCCGCCUCCUUUACCGGAACCCCCUCAUGCUCCAACCCCUCCCCCACCUGCUCCCCCAACACCGCAGAGGCCCCAGAACCCCACUCCUCAGCCUCGACAACCAGUGAAGCCGGCACCACCAACCCAGCACACAGCUGCGCCCGCACAGCCGGUCCAGCAGACGUACAGUGAACACAAACACCCGUCUCCUGUGGAUAAAAUCAAAGGCCCCAAAAUGGACCACUGCUCCUCUCCGUCCAGCUCAGAGGACUCAGGCAUAAAUGCGCUGGGUCUGCAUUAUCUGGAAUCCUGUGAGGAGGAGAGCGAGGAGGAGGAGGACGAGGAGCUGAGCACGGAUGGGAACUCCAGCCCCGGGAGCCUCUGGGACCAGGAUGAUUGCUCUCUGCUGUCCCCCUCGAAGUCUAUGAUAGAGAUCAUCGAAAAGAUCGAAACAACUGUGUAACUUACAUCAACACGGAUAUUGCUGUGAAGGACCUCGAUCUAACAGAGCAGCAUGAUUUAACUGAGAACACAUCCUGCAGGUGGCUGAGGACUGUCCGUCUGCAUUCCCACACAGCCUCUCCUCUGUCCAGCAACCCUGCAUGGAGUGAGUUUCUCAAACUUUUCAGAGGUGAAGGAGGAAGCACAGGAAUAAAAAGCACAUGCACAGUGGACCAAAAAGAGCUCUUGUACAUGGUAAUUACACGGUGACAAAUCUGAAAUACAAAAGGAAAUAUUAUAGAAACACUUACAUCAGAGGAAAGUGAGAAAAAGUGACUUUUUCUGAGACUUUUUUCAAGCAUACAUUACUGGAGCUAAAUUAUGUAUAAACAAAGAGAGGUAUAAGUGGGUUUGGUGAUGAUAAUAAGCAGUUUGGGGUUUCCUGGUGUUCUCCAGUCAUCAGUCUGGUGUUCAGACUCUAUUUUAAUUCGACAUUUAAGUGGCAGAUAGAGCUUGCCAUUUCUAGCUCUCUGGCCAGUGGCUCCACCCACACCUAUUAGUAAUUCUGACACUUCAGCAUAAUAAGUACAAGGCCAGCUACCUCUCAUGGGCCUAAAGCACAUCAGCCCUUUUACCCGUGAAUUACUCAGCUCUGAGCAGCAGCAGGGACACAGCUGCUUUUAUCACGUUAUUAUUAUAAUAAAAGAUUCCAGGCCCUCAGUUAGUCUGCACUUUACUGACACUAACACACACACUAGGUAUAGGUAGGUCAGUGUUUGACAAUCAAGGAUUACACAAAAGCACAUUCCCACACUGUACCUGCCAGUGAGCACCACGGAUGCUUUUAUACAGCUUCUUAAACCAUUUGUCAGACUUUGAAACACUGUUCUGACCAACUUUUGUGGUCACGCUGUACUGAAGUGCAGCGCUGCUCGAGGAUAAAUGAGGCAUUAAGCGAAAACAGGAUUUGAUUUGAGCUGUAAUGUCAGGACUUGAAGAGCAUGGACCAGUCUUCAGCAGAGCUCUAACGACAAAAGUAGGAGUUAGUUUAGUGAUGGGAAGAACACUGAGUCUUAAGAAUCCAUUCAUUAAAAUGAUUCGUUCAAAAGGUUCAUUCACCAAAUCAGUCAGUGCUUCGGAGCCCUGUCGUGCCAGGUGCAGUACACGAGUGAGUGACACAGCGGCGCUGAUCGGGAGUUCGUUCAUUGUACAAACCCCUCCCCCGCUGCUGAAGUCAUAGCGUUGUUCACUGGGUGACACAUGUUGUUCAUUCGCCAAGUCGUGAAGGAAGAAUCACUCCCCUGCCCUGAAAAACUCACCUCUCUGUGUGCCGCCGACGUUCACAUUGCGACGUGAGUGAAACAACACAGCAGCAAGCAGCACGCCCACUGUGGAGUGGUUAAAGAGAAAUAAACAUUGCAGCUGUAGUGCGGAUUCUGAUACUUUUAAAGAUAUCAAAUCGUGUAUUGCUUUAAAUCGGCUGAAAUUAAAUCCUUCUUGCAGGAAAGUUUAUAGACAUGUAUUAAUGUAAAGGCACUAUAACGCACUGUUUUAUCUUAGCCUAUGUUCAUCCUCACAGUGAACAAACCGGUGCUCGGCAGUUUGUGAACGAUGCUAUGCCCCUCCCUCCUCUGCCUGCCUCAGUUGGUCGGAAGUCGUUCGUUUCGUUCACAGUUUGACCGACACAUGCGGUUCAUUCGCUGUGAGCAAAUCACAAGACUUCGCCCGCCCUCUUGCUCGCUGGCUGGCUGUGUGUCAUUCACAAGUGAGUCAGAGGCAGCAGUUCCACUCCCGACCGGCACGCCAAUUUGCGGCUGAGCUCAAAUGACCUGAGAAAGGAACAAAUCAGGUCUUGAAGUGAUUCAGUUCACAUUGUUGUUAACUCAGCAGUUCUGGUCUUUUGAACGAAUCGUUCAAGAACGACACUAAGUUACAUUGUCAUGGCAAAACUUUGUAGGACACUUAGUGAAGGAGGGAUCUUCGUAACAUAUAGAUAUGAACUUGAUAAUGAAACUGCAUUCUUACGUCCUUCUCCAGGCUUGAGGGUGAGAUGUCCUGUGUUUCCAGGUGACAGGGGAGUCUGGGAAAAGGUGUGCAGGCUAGGAUAGAUUAGUAUGUCACAGUUAUUUUGUGCUAUGGGGCGUAAAAGUGUCACUUAAUGCACCUUUUAAAGGAGAUUGCAGUAUGGAAUAGGAUGCUGAGUAGGUGUUGUGAUGUUGUGAUGGACAUGAUAUUAGAAGAAAUGCACCUCAUAAUCCGAUACGUGAGACAGCCCCUUAUUAGUCAGGUAGUAAAGUGAAGAUGGGCUCGGUAUUUUAUUUUGUAUCUUUAAAUGUUUGGAGCUGUUAUUUCCUGAGCUGUUAUCUGCAAAAAUCACCAUAAUAUUCAGAAUUAUUGCUGCAAAGCUGCACAAGAUGUAAAAAUAUUUAAAAAAAGAAUAAUUAUGCAUGACUGCAUACAUUUGCAGAAGUCCCUUAUGUCCAAGACUAAUCUGAUAAAUUUAGCUGUUCAAAGAGCGGACAAAUUGUUCAUCUGUUCAUCAAAUGAAAUGAUUUUCAUUCAGGGACAGCCUCAACAUUACACCCACACACAGUCCCUCCUAAUGCAGUUUAAAAAUGUCUUCUGUUCUCAUUAUUGUUAUAUUAUUUUCAUAUGAAUAAAUCUCAAUGAAACAUUACUUCUUCUGUGUCUUUUGAAAUGUGUGGGCAUUUACUGUCGACAGAGGUAACGCCGGAGCUUUCUUCUGAAAAGCACUCAAACUUCUACUACCUGACACACAGAUGACUAAUGCUCUCCAGAGAUUGGGCGGCAUGGCAAAGUAGAGUGAGAGAUAAGCUAAAAUUGAGUCAUUACUUUUCACUGUGCUUGUUUGCUUCCUCUGAAAUGUCUUGAGAAUUGUUCUUUGUUGUUUCUCACAUUCCCUCUUUUGUAACCUUUUCUUUCCUGUGACGCAGCAGCAGUGGAAAAUCACACAGAGGCAAGAGAAAAAUCAAACCAAAGCAAGUGCAGAAGUUAAAACUCAAGACCUCUGACCUUUUGCCAUAAUUGUAAUCUUGCAUUUAAAGAAAAAACAACACAGGUUAGAGACCUCGCUCUUCUUUUUUUUUUCCAGAUUUUGUGUUGCAUCUGCGUUAAUGAGAGAUUUGCAAGUGUCUCACCUUGACUCCCAGCCCAGAUUGAUUUCCCCUGUUUCUCUUGCAGAGUGUCUAUUGAUUAUUCGUACUCCUCUAGCGCACAAAGAAAAACCGAGGCCACGAUGAAAUGCUAAUCAGUUGAUAUAAACGUACAUUCAUUGUUCUGCUCGGUCAUGAAGAGGAGGAGUGUGCAGCUGACUGCUGCUGCUGGAGAGCCUGCAUGACAAAGCAAGAGUGGGAGACAAGAGAAAGAGUAAAGUGGAGAAGACAAGAGAAGAGAAUAAAAGGCGGAGAGAAAAAAGUGGGAGUGCAUGGAGGGAGUGAAGCGUGAGCAGAGCAGAGCAGAGGAAGUGCAAUUAAAAGGAUGAUGAUGCAAGCACAUGCAAAGUCUUUGGAGGGACUGUAUGUGUGUGUGUGCAGUCCAACAUUUUGAAAUAAUUUCAGAUUUUUUUCAAGGGCUUCAGACAGAUCUCAUGAAGAGAUAGAUUUGCUGUAACUGUUAAUCCCUUGCAGCAAAGUCAUUCAACUGGCAAGCACCUUGAGCAGUCCACAGCUCCCACUCAUACACACACACACAUAUGUGCACUCACACUCAGUGGAUGAUACACACCAAAUCAAAAAACGCCCUUGUACAAGGACUGCUUCACAAGUUCAGCUGGAACAGCACGAGUCACAGGAGCUGUAGGGAGAUGUUGUCGGUCGUCCUUUUUUCCCUUUAGAUGUGAGCACAAACACAUUACCUUCCUGAGGAGGUCUCCUUUUAAUUUCAGACAAUUGCCUCCUCUCUCCAGGGGCCACUUAUUAGAAGAACAAAACUCAAAUAUUCAGAGGAGAUUUUAAGUGGCAAAAUGAAAACACGGCGUGCCAGCACUGCCUCACCUGAGUUAGAGAAGCGUAAGUAAUCAAGUAAACAGAUUUUCUCAUUUCGUCUGCUCAUUAAAUUGGCCUAAAUGUAAUGCAGGGAGAUGCAGACAAUUUAAUACUCACAGAAAGGCGUAUCAUAAAAACUAACCCCUAAUGUUUGUGCAUAAGAGUCUGCAGGAUGAGGGUGAGUGUCUCUCCGUACUCAAACUGUAAGAGCUAAACUUGUGUUAGUAAAGACCACAAGGUUUUGUCCAAUUAUUCAAACCAGCUAGUGAUUGGGGCUACACCUGAAACCAUGAAGUUACUCACCACUGCCUACCUGGUUUAAUGGCCCAUUUAAUGAGUCCAAAAACUUUUAGACUUAACUUGCUGUCCCACCGAACACCUUUAAUGAGCUCAUUGUUGCUGCACUAAAACAAGUAGCUCAACACCAGGAUUGUUAUCCAAUUUUGUCUCAAGUUUCUGCAAAAGAAUAACAUCCUGAAUGUAUUUUCACAUAAUAGUUAAAUACACAAAUAAACAACACAGUAUUUUCAACAACAUAUUGAGACCUUGAUUUGACUUUGUUAUUUUGAAUCUUGAAAGCAGGCAAGUACGUCCUGUCUCUCAGGAGGAGAACAACAGGAACAUCUACUCUUGGGAAAUCCUGUACUCUUUAUGAAGCUGUAUAUAUGCCUCUAAACAUGAACCUUUUCUGUCGACUUCCUUCUUCUAUCUGCCUCUGCUUACUGUACGCCAAUGCAUGAUAGCGUUUAUUGUUUGGUUAGUGUCCAAGGUUAAAAAUAAGGCCAACACAGAAGUGCAAAACACUACAGAUUCUAUAG